GUCCUGCACACCCCCACAACGAUCAUGUACUCCCGUCAUGCCCCUGGAAGUCGAUUGCUCCACAGAUCUAGAGGAUGGUGAAUUGAGCUACCAGCAAAAGAAUGUCCAAUCUGCAAAUUUUGCAUUCCUAGACUCAACCGUCAACCAUCAACCAUCAACCUCUGGAGCAAGCUACCACCAACAGACCGUCCAAUCUACGAAUUUGGCUUCCCAUGACUUAACCGCCAACCAUCAACCAUCAACCUCCGGAACAAGCUACCACCAACAGACCGUCCAACCUACGAAUUUGGCUUCCCAUGACUCAACCGCCAACCAUCAACCAUCAACCUCCGGAACAAGCUACCACCAACAGACCGUCCAACCUACGAAUUUGGCUUCCCAUGACUUAACCGUCCACCAUCAACCAUCAACCUCCGGAACAAGCAAACAGCAACAGAAUGUCCCAUCUUCCCUAACCGACUUAACACCGUCAACCUCUGGAACAAGGGAGACUUCAAUUCCACCUAUUCUUCCAAGAAAAAUUUCCAAGCCUACUGGACCUGGAUCUACUCUGCAACCAACAAACCCCUCAAGGAAUACAGAAACCAAACCAUCUGCCAAGAGAAGCUUGCACUAUCUAGAACAGCUGGAACCAAACACAAAGAAAAAAAGUCUCAGUCCAGCACAAGAAGUAAUGAUUGAAUUGGCAAGAGAAGAGCAUGCAUGGCUCAAACGUGAGCAUGAAUUAAGAGUUGAAAUCCUUCAGCUAGAAAUACGAACUGCACAAUACAAGGAAGAGGAAGCUCGUAGAUCACUUAACAAAGUCAAUGCUAAUUUGAAUUCAGAUCCCUAAACUAUCUAUUUCAUAUAUUACAAAUU